UAUUGUCGGAACCAUUCGGCAAUUGUCGGUCCCCACUUGCUCCCCCGCCACAGGUGUCAAAGGAUCGCCUACCCGGCCUCAUAAAUCAACGAUUCAGUGCAUUCGUUUCUCGACGUGAUCCAGUCACGAUCUGCUUUAUCUCGCGUAUCAUUCGCUCCAGUUUAGCGUCCCGUGUCAACACAAAGGGACAGCUGCGACAUUUUUUUUCUUUGUUUGAUUCGAUAUCGUUGGAGCCAUGGGAGAGGCUGGAGAGAUAACCAAGAGGUUGAGGGGGAUUGAGCAGGAGUGCGGCUGGAUCGCAGGGGAAAUUAAUUUUCUUAAUAAUCGAGUCGAUGGCUUCAAGGAGAGAAUUAAAACUCUUGAGGCUGAGAUGAACCAUCUCCAGCAGAUUCAGGACGCUGUCUCGGGCCCUGGGGAGAUGACGAACGAUAGACUCUCUGGACUGAUGCAACAGAGACGCAGAAAUCUCGUUGAGAUUCAGUAUGCCCUCCCCAGCACCUACGAGGAGCUCAGAAAAUUGGAGACUGUUUUGCUGAAUCUGCAACAGGAGGCCUUCCAGCUCGCCAUCAGUCUGAGCUUCACAUCGAUGAGCAUCGGCUCGAACUAGCCCUUCCCUCCAAAACCCACUGGUGAUAUUUUUAAUGUAAAUAAAUCUUUUAUUUAUAAUUUCACAAAAAAUCAUUGUUCAUAUUUGUACAAAGGUGAAAUAAAAAUGUUAAAAACGAAUUGUCGAUU